GAAAUUAAAGCAGCAGUAACUUAUCACAACCACCGGUCUUUUAAAUUUAUCAGUACAAUAAUAAACGCGAUGGUCAGACAUUCCUACGUUGCGCAAAUGCAGCGCUUAUAUCACAGUCCGUUAUCUAAUUUUGACCGUGUAAAGACUUAAAGAUUCGGUACCAGUGUCCGAAAAUGACCGUCAGUGAAACGUGAGAGAUCGUUGAUAAACGUGAUUUUAUAGAUUGAAAUAAAAGGACUCACAUGUUUGCCAUGUGUGGUUCUUCUAUAAAAGAGCUCCCUCACAUCUUUUGGACACUAGUAUUCUUGUACUUACAAGACAAUACACGAAACGCAAAAUGAAGGUUGCAGUAAUUCUUUGCGCUAUCAUCAGCCAGUGUCUGGCGGCUACGACGAUUGAAACGCUGGUGGCAGACCCAAAAAUGUCGACGUUGGUUAGCUUAGUGACAAAAGCCGGACUUGUUGAUGCAAUAAACGGGGGCGAUUUUACGAUCUUUGCUCCAAACAACGACGCUUUCUCAGCUCUGCCGUCUGCAACAUUGACUGCACUCGGAAAUGACGUCACAGCUCUUGCUAAUGUACUGAAAUACCACGUUGUACAAGGAAAAGUUCCGAGCUCUGCUGCAUCCAAUGAACUUCAGUUGACAACACUUAAUGGCGACAAAGUCAGAUUUAACAUCUAUGAUCAUAACAACGCUGUUACCGUUCAAGGAUCUCAGGUCAUUGCUCUUGAUAAGGUUGCAUCUAAUGGAAUCAUUCAUGUUCUAAAUAAAGUAAUGAUGCCACCAGAGGGCGACAUUGUCGAUAUCGUAGCUAAAACAUCUGAUGUAAGCACACUUUUGAGUUUGGUGCAGCAAGCUGGCAUUGCUAAUGCCCUGAAAGGUGAUGCUUUAACCGUAUUUGCUCCAACUAAUGAUGCUUUUGCACGCUUACCCAGCUCCGUCGUCUCUAAACUUACCCACGAUAAAAAUCUUCUUACAGAAGUGUUAGAGUAUCACGUGGUACCACACACCGAAUAUUCAGCUGGACUGUUCAAUAGAGAAUACCUGAGAACAAUUGAUAGAAACAAUGACAGAUUGAGCAUUCACUUUGAUGGAGCUGGAGUCCGAAUCAACACCAACUCCCACGUGACCAAGGCUGAUAUCGGAACAACCAAUGGCGUCAUUCACCUCAUCGAUCAUGUGCUCAUUCCCGCCAGAUACUACCUUACGCUGGCACUUGGCCGAAAAUAAAUGGAAAUACUCAAAGACUCUUUUUUAAAAAAUGUAUUUAUUUUUUAUACUGUUUGGAAAAGAUGGUGUAGAUAGAUGGAUGUUUGUUUUAUAUGAAGUUUUGUUAUAUAAAUAAAUAAUGAAAUAAUAA